CAGAUUCAGAACAUUUGUAAAACGCACUUGGGACAAUGUUGUUGCAGGAAAAAGUUGUUCUCUCCAUCUGGUCAGUUGUGAUUGCUGGUAUCCUCCUCACCACUUAUGUCUUUGAAAAGCCAAUAUACAUAAAAAAUGUGAAAGAUGAACUCUCCAUGAGUGCUCUUACGAAUCAUCCCAUUUACCAGGCAAUGAAGCAGGAUUUAAUAUCUAAAAAAUCGCUGCUUCAGCCAUAUAUGUCAUCUGUAGACGAAUGCAGGUCAAGAAAAAUCAAAAGUCAUGCAGAAUACUUGAUUUUGCGCAAAAUUUUUGGAACUUUAGAAGAUAUUCAUAUCAUGCUGUCCGCAGCUUGUUCGUACUUGACCGUUGAGGAAAAAAAUUCCAGCAUUGUCGCAGAGUUUGAGGCGCAAUGCUACCAAAAAGAUGGCCAGUUUUACUUCCAGCUUUAUUCAGUCCUCAAUGAAUAUCAACGCUCUACUGAUGUAAAAAUAUGCGGAGACUGUCAAGGUGUUUGUUACGCCAACUCAUGGUCACAUAUCAUAAUUGGUGAAAAGUCGAUCGUUCCGUGCAACUUUCUAAACAAGGAUGUGGAAGAGGAGGACCUUGAUAAUUUUAAUUGGCUUCAAAUCUUAAACAAUUCUGCAACAAUGCCCUCCUUUUGCAAAAAGCUUCAAGCAUUUGAAGACAUUUCAAUUUAUCAAAAAGCAAAGGAGAUUUUUGAGAUUGAAUAUUGGAAUACUAUGGACAGGAAAAUGCUACUGGAUAACAUUUGUAUUUCGUCCUACAUCGGCUCAUUUCUCUUCUCGCUGUGUUUGCUGACAACUCUUUUCUCCGCUCAGUUCAAUUUACCAAGCAAUCAAUGUCUUCUGUUCUACGCAAUCUCUAACCUAAUAUCAAGCACUGGGACAAUGUCCCACGUGUUCGUUCCUCAGCAAACUUCAAUCAAGUUGGAGGCAUUUCUUUUCGCAACAUCCAUGGCAUCCAUGUCAUCAGUGAUCUGGAUUGUAUUGUACAUUUACGACUGCUACACAAUUUCAAGAAUUAAAGGAAGAACAAUUAUUGAUAUGAAAGCAAAAAUUAUCGCCUAUCAUAUCAUCGCCUGGUCGAGCACUGCAUUUAUUGGUGUAGUUAACUUCUUUUUUGAGAUUAACCCUCUAAUUGUUGACUGGGACAGAUCCAAAGUAUAUGCAGCAUUACUGAACACUUACGGACUUAAUGGGACAAAAUUAGCCUUUUACGUGUUAUUCUUCAUUCUCAACUACAGGGCAGGUUCUGAUAUUCGCUCUACAAUCAAGUCUCUUAAAAUGGUUGCUCCGACUAAUAAUCGGAAUAAAAGUUUACAGCUGGUGUUCUUGAGGCUCACGAUCACUCUGAACUUCUUUAAUGAUAUCUUCAACUUGUUUUUCUACGUCUUUCAGUUGCAUAGCCCGAUUGCGAUGCACAUGAAUGCGUUGUGUUUAAUUUUUGGAGAGAUUUUACUCUAUUCAAUUUUCUACAUUGCACCGAAAGAAAUAAACAAUGAACCUAAUUCAUUAACGUCACAGCCUGCACCUAUUGAGAUGAACAAUUUGCAAAAACAAUAAUUUUAGUUGUCUCCAUUUUCUUCUUUAAUAUAAAACUUACAAAAUUAAUUGUGCACUUUGAAUUUACAGAUUUUUAGUAUAGUUUGUGUAAAAAAUGGAUGAUUUGUAAUUUUUUUCCUUCUUUUAUUAUUGAAAGUAGCACAUAUAUGCUGAAACUUCAUAUAUCAUUAUAGAAAUCACUAUAAGAAAUUUUUUGAAACUUCAAGGUAAAAUAAUUACAAAAUAAGGGAAAAUAAUUUUAAAUAAAUGUAUGAAUUACUUAAAAAAAUAAAAGUUU